UGUUAGAUUUGAUAAAGAUCGUCGGUUAAACUAACUACAAGUGGAGACCACAACAACAUUAACAAUAAAGAAAUGUCAAUGUCCUCUGUGUGGAAGCUAGCCUGUGUCGUGGGGAGGGGUACUAUACAGAGAGCAAGAGGGACUGUGUCUGGUCGACCACUGACCUACUCCGCUCCAUUAUCGGCUAGUUUCAGCACUACCAUAAGACGCUGCACAGAAGAGAGCAGCUCAUCCAGUGAAUCAGAUACAGACACAGACUCAGACACAGACUCAGAGGCGGCUACCCACGGCUCUCCUUUAAUGAGCGAGACAGAGGAGGACAGUAGAGUGGCCGUCUUGAAAGCAUGCCUCUAUCUUGUUCGUGAGGGGGGGUGGUCUGCCGCAGUACUGGCCGAGGGUGUAAAGAAGGCAGGGUUUGAGGAGGGGGAGGAGAGAGAGUUGUUUCCUAACGGACCUGGGGAUUUGGUGAAUUUGUUUGAGCAGCAGUGCAACGCUAAACUGUAUCGGUACAUGGAGAAACAGAAGGAGGCUGGUGUGGUGGGUCCCAAGAUCAUCCAGCCAUCAGUUGAACACAAGCUGAAGAUGCUCUCCCCCUACAUUGAGAAAUGGCCUCAGGCAAUGUCCCUGAAGGUGCAGCCACAAGUCGCCCCCACUGCGCUAGAAAACGUCUCACUCAUGGUGGACGAUAUCUGGUACAUGGCGGGGGACCAGACGACCGACGUCAGCUGGUACACUAAGAGGGGGGUGCUUGGAGCCAUCUACACUAGCACAGAGUUGUACAUGAUUCAAGAUGAGUCUGAUGGUUUUGCGGAUACCUGGCGUUUCCUUGAUCACCAACUGCAGGGAGUUCACCAUAUUGGCGGCAUAGGCAGAGGAAUAAUGGACAUCGUCCGUGCCGGGCUUGACAAUAUGAAAGGUACAGUGGGAGACAUGACAGAGAAAAAAUGAUCACCUGAGAAUCAUGCAUGUGACUCUCUAAUAAACUGUCUACCAGUAUUUUGUAUCAUGUUUUUUUUUGUCUAUUUCUUAAUUAAUUGAGAAAUAAUUAUAAUCGUUGUGAAUUGCAA